ACAAAAUAGACAAGGAGGUGACGUAUAUUGUAAGCUCUCUCGGUCGCUUGUUCUCUCCUCUUAUAAAAUCAAAUCCGUUGCCUAUUUCAGUUCAAAGCGAAGCAGUGUCAAAAGUGUGUAAAAGUAAAUGCGAACUCGAUUUCUGAGCAUCGACUACCUCAACUCCGCCCCAAUCCAUGUCCUUCAAACUCUAGAAUUCCUCCGCCUCCCACCGCCUCACCUUCCUCCUCCUUUCCAGACCUUCGAAGAAGAAGAACACCACCACCAUCUUCUUCGCUGCUUCGAUGACGUCCCAGCUCUGAGCCUCUCCCUCCAUACCGAUACGUUACCGAUCGAUAACGCUCUCUCUAAGUUCUUCUCCGACGUUGUUCCCAGCUUCAUCCAUCUCCAAACUGGAGAUUUUUCGAAUACUCAUUCCUCUUCAGGAGAUGCACGAUUCGAUAAGCGGAGAAACUUCAGUCCUCGAAGCAAUGCUGAGGCAAAACCUCCCGAGGAGAAGAAUGAGUCCAUUUUUUAUGGUAAGGAAGAAAAUGGUUUUGAAGUGGUCGAAUUCGAACUGCCAGAGCUGGAUCUAUUCUUGGAAAAUGCUUGCUUCUUUGAAGAAGAGAAGGUGCAACUUUUUGAUGCAGUUGGAGAGGCUGAUAAUAAUGUGGACAUGCUCAAUCUAGUGCUUACACUGCACCAUCCCAUUGAGAUUCUAGAAUCAUUUUAUUCAGUUGAUGAUAUUACUCCAGAGUACUGUAUGGGGAAGAAGGCUUUUCUGUUGGAAGAUGUUGCUUCUGAUUAUGAUCAAAUUCAUCUCAAUGCCAGCACAUUCCCGCUUUUAGAAGUGGAUGAGAUUAGUCUAGGAAUUUUCAGUAGCAUAUCUAUGGAAGAGGAAUUUCUACUUCUUGAAAAUAUUGAACCCCAAGUGUGCCCACAAAGAGGGGAAGUUAUAGUUGAUGGAAAGGAACUUUUGGGCUCUUUGGACAUUGACAUCUUAGAGUAUCUUGCAGAUCAUUGUUUAUCAAAGCAGUGCUUUGAAUCUGUGCCACCAUGCUCAAACUUUUGCCUAGAAACAGAAUUAAUUAGCGUACUCGAACUAUCUUUUAUUGAAGGAAAAUCAGCAUUUCAUGGAGGAAUACCAGAUGAUAAUUCUAUUUGGUCAGUGAGCCCAGUUAAUUUUGAGGAAUUCCAGUUCCUUGAAUUUGACUCCUAUCAGUUUCUGGAAGUCUUUUUCAAUUCUGUAACUGUUUGUGAAGCAGAAACAUGUGAACAGAUGUUUUUAGAAGAUUCCAACAUCAGGAAUUUUAAUGAAUUGAUUGUUAGUCAUGAGCUCACUCUGGUAGAUGAGUCAUUUAAAUCAUUGCCCAUUCCUAUUCUUUCUGAAAAUGAAAAGAUUAGGUCACCAUUUGUGUUUGUUGAGGAAAUGCUAGUUGCUUUGAAGCCACAGCCUUCUUCUGCAUCUGAUGGCAUAUAUUUGGACUGGCAUUUUUUGGAGGAAGAUUAUAGAAACUGUGAAAAGUACUCCUCUUGUUGGAAACAAGUUUUGGAGAUAAAUAAUUACAUUCUCAAUUCUGAUAUGAAAUGUCUUAAUGAUGGGAUACUGAUACUUGAUAUUGUUUUCUCUGGUGAUACACCAAAUGGGGCAAACAUAGAAGAUAACAAGGAAACACUAAAUAUACUGUCUGGUGGCAUUUCGACAGUAAGUGUGUGUCUUAAUGACUAUGCUUCAGGUAAGUUGUUGAAUGAUGGAUGUCAAAAACAUGGAAAUGGAGAAGUCUUAUCUGACAUCAAUGCUGAUAGAGUUUCUACAUUAGGUGAAUCAAUAACACCGUUUAAUGAUCAUAGUUUUUCCUUUAAUCCUCGGGAGGUUAUGACACGGGGAAAUUCUAAACCUGCAGUCAAGGCAUUUGAUGGUAAUACUAUGUUUCCUGCAGUUUCAUCUACUGACCAAAUUGCACCAGGUGCUACCACCACAGUACAAUUUCAGCAGUGGGAGGUCAAGUUGCAUCAGGUUAAGUUGUCUGAUAAUAUUCUGGAACUCAUUGAUAACUUCCAAAAGAACUAUCUAGCUAUCUUGAAGAGUGACAUAGAGCUGACAAAGAUACAGCAUUCAUGUCUGGAUAUGAACGAUACUGAAUUGCUCAGGCUUCCAACGGAAAAGCUGAUGGACUGCAUUAAAAAAGCAAAUUUCCGAGGAACUUCUUUGGCUCAUGGUGAUGAUAGUACUAUGGCAUUAGUUACUCUCUGUGCGAUUAAACAGAUGGCUUGGUACUUGUGUUACUAUGGCAUCCAUACAACGUAUCUAUAUGUGGAUAAGCUAUGUAGAACUCUUGAUUGGUUAAAAUCUAAAAUAAGUUUUCUCCAGACCAUAAUUGAAGAUAUGCAUGGGAAGGCUGAGAGAGAUAUAACUGCAUCUCAUCCAUCACUGUCUGUGAUCCAGGCUAUUCUGCAAUCUAACAUUAAUGAUUACAGUUUGAAAGUAUUGAUUGUGGCUGAGCAAGUUUUCUGGUGGCCAUUGAAGAGGCUGCUAACUUCCAUGCAGAUAUCCUACAACGAGCAACAAAGUUUUUUCACACAUUCCAGUAAAAAAGAUCUGUGUUACAGCAAUAAGUUCAUAGAUACUAAAGCAGAUGUGCUGCAUUCAGAUUGCUGUUUAAUAUCUAAUGAGCAUGUUUCUGCAUCAUUUCCUUUUGAGAAAUUCAGCAUGAUCUUGGAAUAUGGAGGUUCAUGCAGCUCAUCUAGAGUAUCCACGAUUUCCCCCAAUCCAGUUGGUUUUCCCUGUCUUCAUUUCCUCAAGGUGGAACUGGAGGACUCUAGUGCUCCCAAAGCACUUUGUGAAGGUGUUGGCAUGACCCAGAAUAUUGGAUUUACAAUGAAGUUGGAAGAACUGUUAAACUUUGUACCUCACAAGGGAAAGUACGAUAUGGGAUCUUCAGGAGCUGCAGAUGACGUAAAGGCUUUCUGUAUGCCUCUACCAGUUCCAUGUGCACCAUUGACUGUGGAACCAAAGCAAAUCCCUACAAACAUGCUGUGUUUUCCAGACACAGUCAUUAUAGUCAACACACAGAAUUCUGAUAAAGAAAUGAUAAUUUCCAGGAGAAGCACAUACCAAAGAAUUCUUGCAAUGGAGAAACAAGGAGUACAAAUUGUAGAGCGUGAUUUAAAACUUCCUGUGGAUGUUAUAAUUAGUGCUGCAAUUUGCUUGGUAUGGUAUGAUUGCAGAAACGUUGGAAAGAAAGCAACUGCUCCUGAUGCAGCUUCUUCAUGCUUAUCCUUGUGCAUUGAAAAUAUUGCGACCAAUGUUUUGACCUCACUAAGUUUUGCUUUCAGCUGCUGCAUUCUGUCCUUUUCUCAGGUUUUUGAGGGGGAAAGCAGUUUCCUUUCUGCCGUAAUGGAAUCAUCAGAUGAACUGUAUGCUGCAGCAGCCAGCUUGAGAAUUGAUCUGCAACUCUUUUGCUCAUAUUCAUCUGAAUUGACUGAGGAAAUUAUAUUGAGCUGCAUUGGACGUGCCUUUAAGUUAACUAGACGCACUUAUCCUAAAAUGCCAGAAUCAGAAACUCUUGGAGAAUCUUUUCUUACAGCAUUUCCAUCAAUUAAUCCACUCUCUGCUCAUGCAAUACUGUCAUCGGGAGGCAUUCUUGGGGAGUUUCUUGAGUGGUCACAUGAGCGCAGGAUUCAUGAAAUCCAGAAAUAUCAUGUUCCUGAUGAAAGUGUGAGUUUAUUAAGUACUUUGUGCAGAUAUGGGGAGCGGGAGGAUUCUAGAUCUGCAAUGACUGAUUGCUCUUCUUCUGUAUCUUCUGCUACUGACUCUGAACAUUACUAUUGCAAAAUUGACCCUGUGAGGAAGAAAGGAAAAUACAUCGGGAGUCCUCAAAAAUUUGACAUACCAAUGGAUGACUUAUUUCAUUUUGAGCUGUUAAAACAAUCUCCUGAUGACAGCCAGAAUCAUCUGAGAGUGUCCAACCCACGUGAUACUUGGAUUUCAGGUGCGAAGGAUAUGUUUGAUGAGAUUGAGAAGCCUGGUGUAUCUUUCAGUGAUAAAUUGUUUACUGAAAAACAGGGUUCAGGUCCUUCAGGUGUUGUUGCGAUGAUGAAUCCUUCCAAAGUGCGCAAGCAGCUUGAUUCUCGAUUAUCAAGAGGGACUGUGAUAUCAAAUGGGAUCAAACAGCCCGGUUGGUCUUUGGAUAAUAAGUUUUUUGGUCCAGAAGAGGCACUUGAUAUGGCUAUGAUGAACAAAUUGGAUUGUGGCCUUAACAAUAAUUCUGCAAAUCUGUGGGAGGACUUAAAAGGUGAGGUUAUUGACAUUGGUGAUAGUUUUUCAGAAGACAAUGACUUCUCUUCUAUUUCAAACUCGGAGGAUCUCUCAUGUUUGGUGCCUGUGACAGAUAAAGAUCCUGCGGCAGGAAACUUUAGAACUGCAAGAAAAUUGUCGUUUAGUAGGAGCUCCCUUCCUACUUUUCCCACUGCUGUUGAGAUUAGCUCCAACUCCGAUGUUCAAGUUUCUUCAAAAGAUCAUGGACAAAGUUUGAGAGAAGGAACUAAUAUACCACAUGGUGGAACAACCCUUUCAAAUGCCAUUCACUAUGCUCAACCACAGCAAGGAUCGCCUUGGACGGUAGAGUUUCUUAAUAGAAUAAGGGAAAAGAGCAGAUUGCGACAGCAGUCCCUUCCACAUGACAUGUCGCCUCAUUGUUUCGCAUAUUCUGGGAAUAUAUCAAAGGUUACUAAGAGAAAAAGUCCGUCUAUUCUUGACUUUUACAAGUAUCAAGGAGGCAGCACUCCCAGGAAAAUCAUUGAACGGAAGAGGCAAAGGCUAUCUACAGAACCAUCAACUUCAUCAAAGAAUAAGAAGACCUCAACAUCCUCUGUUCGAGCAUGGACUCCACUUGAUAAGAGAGCAAGGCGGGUACUGUCCUUCUCAACGGGUGGAGGUGGGGGCCAAAGUAAGCUGGUCUGGAGUGAUAGAGAUGCUCACACUAUGGACAGAAGAAGAUUUCACCACACAGCUUGAAAUAGCAGAAUGGUUGGCAUGACAUAGUGGUCGUGGUCUUCAAGAGACAUCUGCUCCCUGGUUUGGUCACAGACAAGUUUCACUUAUGCACAAAAAAAUAAAAAUAAAUAAAUAAAUAAAUGAAAUAAAAGAAUGUGAUGACAAAUUUUGUUACUGAUGAACAACAAACACAAGGGAAAGAAUGUUUUAACAAAAAGUGUUACUGAUGGGGGGGUUUGUUUUCAUUGACAGCAACUCUGUUGGAAUUGGCUUGUAUAGAAAGUUAUAUCAUGAUUGAGAGUUGUUCGUGCUUCUUCAACUUUGUUUCUGAAAACUCAAUCUGAAAAGGGAAUAGACUGCCUUUUCCCUCACUAUAUAAGAUUGGGAGUUCAAUUC